ACCUGGAAAACAACAUAUCAUCAGCUUACAGAAUACCAAAGACAAAGUUUUUAGAAUACUUUGCAGUCAUACGAUUGAGAUUGUUGGCUUUGAUUUAACAGAAUUGAGUUCAGUCUAAGAGAUGUCCAACCAUAAUGUGUAUGUUGUUGUUGAGUUUCUAAGAGAAAAAUCAGUUGAAGUGGUGCACUUAUCAUGGCUCGAAGGAUCUGGAGAGGAUGCAGUUUGUUACUGGCCCCCAACCACAAUAAAUAUUGCCCAAAGAAUUAGAAGAGGAGAGAUACCAGAUAAGGAAAGGUGGAUCGCCCAUCCUAUUAGAACUUUUCAUCAUACAGAUGACUAUGAUAAAGCAGAUCAAUACUGCAAAAAGUUUGAAGUUACGAGUAAUGUCGAGUCAGAAAUAGAGCAGGAAGUGGCACAGGGAAGAGUAAUAAGUAAGCCUGACAGAUUAAUCUCUGAUGAUUCUGAUGAAAAUAAUAGAGAAGAGCUUGAUAAUGAAAAAUUACCAGACUUAACCUUGCAUGUACAAAAGCAGAGAAGGUUCAAAAAAAGACAGCGUGAAGAAAGAGAUUCUGAUAGUAACGAUGAAGAAAGUGGACAGGAACCAAGGAAAAAACUUCCAGCUGCACCCAAGGCACCUAUAUUUGUACCAGACGGUGAUGGGUCAAGGACACAGAGCUCAAGUCCUACAUGUCGGCCUGAUGAAUCUAGGUUAAAAUCACCCAAUAGAGAUGCACCUGUAUCAAGAGGGCUUAACUCAAGUCCGACAUGUAGGCCUGAUCAAUCUAGCCAAUCUAGGUUUAUUUCACCUAAUCAUGCUAAUAGAAAUGUACAGGUAUCAAGAGGACCUAACUCUAGUCCUACAUGUAGGCCUCAGCCAGAUCAGUUAUCGGUGGUUACACCAAAUAGAGAUGUAUCAAAAAGACAGGAUUCAGCAUAUAGGCCUAUUCCAUCUACAAGUGGUCGAUCCAGACAAGACUCCUCAUGUAACUGUCAAACUGUUAUUGUUCAAAAAUUAAGAACAUUAGAGGAUGGCAUCAAAGAAAUUAAAACUGCCAUUUCACAGCUGGCUGCAACAGGACAUGGUGGUGUUGUGGCGACUAAUAUUGUGGAAGAUGUUAUUCAGCACCCCCUCAACUACAUACAUGAAAUGAGGGACCUUGAGGAUAAAAUGAAAGAUGAUCAUUUCAAGAAUAAACUUGUCCAGUAUUUGGUGUCACAAGGUGGUCACAGCCGUUCAGACUGUAUAAGACGGAUGAUGAAGAAGUGUGGCACUAAUCAGUUAUGGGCCAAAUACAGUUUAAAGGGGCAAAAAGGGAAGGAGGCAUUCACAGGUCACCCUUUGUGCAGGAUAGUCAUGAAAUGUUGUGCAAGAGUGUUUCCAAAAUCAAAGGUUUCAGAUAUGGAGGAAGUGUUAAUUGACUUUCUAAAACAGGCCCCGCACAAGCCAGGAGGACCAAAAUAUAAGAAACCUGCAAGAAAAGGACAGACCAUAACACAAGAUGAAUUAGAGUCUGAAUAAAUAAAUGAUUAAAAGUA